AUGAACCAAGCCCAGAGCAUGCUGAUCGAGGGGCUCACCAGAACGAAGCAUGUGGCCAGUGCGGCCCUAUUCCGGAUCGAUGACGGAAAGGUCUUGGCUUCAACGCCUGGCUUCAACAUCCACUCGCAAGCACAAUUCCUCAUCGAAGCUUUCUACAAGAACUUGUACCAGGUGAGGAGGAACGGCCUUUACUUUAAAGGCCAGCAUUACGACUGCGUCCGGGCAGACGACAGCGCGAUCUACGCCAAAAGCAAAGAAAAAGGGGUGGUGGCCGUGAAGACCAAAUCCUUCAUCUUGGUCGCUACGUACACCCAGGGCAUGUACCCCAGCGUGUGCGUGGAAGCGGUUGAGAAACUGGCAGACUACUUCAGGGAGAAGGGAAACUGA